AGAUCUCGUCCAUUCCAACAAAGAUGGCGGCUCCCUGACAUCGCAUGUGGUUUUGGAGGCAGGCGAACUCGUUGAUAUCAACGUAUUAAAUCUUUUUACAUCUGAAGCGAAGCGACAGCAGCGCGGAGGAGGCGAAGCUUCGAGCUUCUCUGCCCGGAAGUCAAGAUGCAGCACGACGACGUGAUCUGGGACAUUAUUGGAAACAAACAGUUCUGCUCCUAUAAAGUAAAGACGAAGACUCAGAGCUUCUGUCGGAACGAGUACAACAUCACGGGGUUGUGUAACCGGUCAUCGUGCCCGCUCGCCAACAGCCAGUACGCCACCAUCCGGGAGGAGAAAGGUCAGUGUUUCCUCUACAUGAAGGUGAUCGAAAGAGCGGCGUUUCCUGCCAAGAUGUGGGAGAAGGUGAGCUCUGGUAAGAACUAUGAGAAGGCUCUGGAGAUGAUCGAUGAGAAUCUCAUCUACUGGCCUCGCUUCAUUCGACACAAAUGCAAACAGCGCUUCACCAAAAUCACUCAGUACCUCAUUCGCAUGCGCAAGCUGGUGCUGAAGAGACAGAGGAAACUGGUUCCUCUCAGCAGGAAGGUGGAGAGGAGGGAGAAGAGGAAGGAGGAGAAAGCUCUGAUCGCUGCUCAGCUGGACAACGCCAUCGAGAAGGAGCUUCUGGAGCGACUCAAGCAGGGAACGUACGGAGACAUCUACAACUUCCCCGUCCACGCCUUCGACCGCGCUCUGGAGCAGCAGGACGAGGAGAGCGAGGAGGAGGAGGACGAAGAGGAGGAGGAGGAGGACGAGGACGUCGGGAAGAGCGAGUUUGUCGCAGAAGAAGAACUGGAGGAGGACGACCUGAGCGACUUCGAGGACAUGAACAAACUGAGGACGAGCAGCGACGAGGAGGAUCAGGAGGAGGAGUCCAGUGAGGAGGAAGAGGAGGAUGAGGAGGAGACAACGAAGGCCUCCAGGUCGAAGGGUAAAUCUCCGGCUAACGGCUCGGCGCCGAGGAGGAAACGAGCGUUUGUGGAGAUCGAGUACGAGACAGAGCCCGCCCCCAAGAGCACGGCCUCGUUGUGAUGUCACGGCGCUCUGCAGCCAAUGGGCCGUCAGCCUCUGCUGAGGACACGCCCCCCGAUCACUCAGUGACUUUACCUUCAUGAACCCAACUGCUUUGUUUUGAGUCCAGUUUGUGAAAAUGUCUUAAUAAACAUGUUUGUCAUAAAUCCACUUUGCUGUC